AUGGCGUCUGGAAUCAAGACCGACGACCCGAAGAUGACGAUCUCAUCCGAAAACGAGGAACCCCCGACUCUGUAUCAAAACAUCAACGAAAGAGAUCUUCAGCGUAAGACUGAAAAAUACCUCCUCAACUACGGCACAAAGUUCAACAAAGAUGUCAUUUGUGGCAGCAAAGGUCUAUACGUCUACACAGCCUCAGGACACAAAGUCCUUGACUGGACCUCAGGCCAGAUGUCAUGUCUACUCGGCCAUGGCCAUCUGGAGAUCGUGAAAGUAAUCGCAGACCAUGCAGCAUCACUCGAUCAUCUCUUCUCUGGAAUGGUAUCUCCUCCAGUUAUCAGUCUAGCUGAACGCCUGUCGAACAUCCUCCCGCCAGGACUGGACAAAACAUUCUUCCUCUCGACAGGUGGCGAAAGUAACGAAGCAGCGAUCAAAAUGGCCAAGACGUACACUGGCAAGUUCGAGAUCGUCGGUCUCGGCGGAAGCUGGCACGGUGUUACCGCACAGGCUCUCGGUACGCAAUAUCACUUCGGUCGGAAGGGCCAAGGUCCCUUGAUGCCGGGGAUGUUGAUGCUUCCUGCUCCGAAUGCGUAUCGCUCUGUAUUCCGUCACUUGGAUGGCUCAUAUGACUGGGAAGCUGAGUUGGAGUAUGGGUGGAAUAUGGUCGAUAUGCAGUCUUGUGGAUCGCUUGCUGCGUGUAUCGUCGAGUGUAUCCAGUCUUCGGCUGGCAUGCAUGUUCUUCCGCCUGGGUAUUUGGCUAGGUUGAAGAUGGAGUGCGAGAACCGUGGGAUGCUUCUUAUUGUCGAUGAAGCUCAGACUGGUGUUGGUCGUUGUGGUGACAUUAUGGCUAUCACGCAUGAAAAUGUGGUUCCCGAUAUUCUUACCUUGAGCAAGACGCUGGGCAAUGGAUUGCCUCUCAGUGCUGUUGUUACUAGCGCUGAGAUUGAGCACGUUUGUGUCGGGCGCGAUUACUGCUUUUAUACGACCCAUGUGAAUGACCCGUUACCUGCGGCGGUGGGUGAUAAGGUGCUUGAAAUCGUUGAGCGGGAUCAACUUGUUGACCACGCACGAGAGCUUGGUAAAAUUCUACAUGAGGGACUGUACAGGUUGAAAGAGAAGUACGGAUGCAUUGGUGAUGUCCGUGGACGCGGACUGAUGGCUGGUGUGGAGAUUGUUGAGAGUCGCGAAACAAAAGCCCCUGCCACCGCACUUGGGAAGGCUAUUGGUGACCGGGCUUAUGAACUCGGUGUCUGGGCUAAUCUGAGCAGCCACCCUAGCUUUGGUGGUACUUUCCGAAUUGCACCUCCGAUUACUAUCAGCAAGGAGGAGCUUCUUAGAGGAUUGGAAGUCAUGGAGGAGGCAUUUGCUACUACACCAGGAACAAUGCCUCUUUAA